AUGCGCCGGUACUUGCGGAGGCUUAGAUCGACUCCGGCCGUGGUGCUGCUCUUCCUCAUCCUUCUUUUCCUUCUCCCUUAUGACAACCAAUUCAGCCCUCGAGCUGUGAUUGUAAACGCAGUACCGGCUCUCUUCGAAAAACGUUGGUGGCUCAUCAACACACCCGGUGCCUACCCGGUGGACUUCUCCCAAGACGUCGCGGUACUAGUCAAAUCGGGCAUUGGGACGAAAGAGCGGAUUCCGUCUUGGCUACAAGCGCACGAGCACAUGGAACUCUCCGACUUACUUCUUAUCGGAGAUUUUGCCACGUUGCCGGGGCAGGAGUACCAGUAUCGUGACCAGCGAUUGCCCGUGCAUGAUGUGCUGGCUUGGAUGAUUGGUAGGGGAUAUAUGGCCGAGGACCUGGACCAUCCGAGACUGCAGAAGUAUUACAACUUGACGAGGGCUAUUGGUCGUGAAGAUAUGGAUGCUGCGCAGGAGAUGUCUGGGUCUUUUGGGUGGGAGCUUGAUGCGAUGAAGUUCCUUUCCGGCAUGGAACUCCUCUACAGUAGAUUUCCUGAUAAGAAAUGGUACAUCAUGGUAGAUGAUGACACGUACCUUAUACAGCCCUCCUUCAAGCGUCUCAUCGAACACUUCAAUCCUAACCGUGAACAAUACCUCGGGAACCCGGUAGGCGGAGAGGACUGUCGCUUCGGCCAUGGAGGAUCAUCCAUAAUUUUGUCGCACAGAGCCGUUAGUCAUCUCACUUCCGACAGAGAGUACCUGGCUACGGCUUACCGGGAAUCCCUGGACGAGACCUGGGGCGAUAAGCGUCUGGCAGUUGCAUUGAACCGAUUGGAGAUUUACAUCUAUGAAGAGUACGCUGCCUUUUUCAAUGGCGAAAGACCUCAUACAUCCAAGAUUACCAAGGAAAGACUUUGCACGCCGGUUCUCUCGUUUCAUGGACUUUCGUCGUCCUCGGACAUGCUCAGUGUCAGCCAGACCUUUGAGCAUGUCACGGAGCAGGUUCUCUGGAUCGACUUGUGGAACAUCCCUAUCAGUGACAAAAGUGACAAUGCCCAUCUACCCAAAGCUUCAACAUCCCUCUUCGACGACCCAAUGUAUGACAUUGGCCACGAGAACUGGGACUACGUCGGCCGACUAGACGAGUGGACGCAGUCAGUGGAAGACGUGUCCUCUGUCGAGGCAUGCAAGCAGAUCUGCCGCGAGGAGCGUCCGGGAUUUUGUCUUGCGUGGACAUGGGACUCGAAUGAAAAGGAAUGUCAUAUGAGUUGGUGGAUAAUCAAGGGGGAUCAAGCUGAGGGAAGGACUUCGGGGCUGAAUGUACCGGUUGUGAAGGGCCUUGUGAGGUCGUGCCGACCGUGA